GGAUCAAUAGAUUUUUUUUCUCUAGAUUGAUUUGUAGUGUCACACAAUCACUUGACGCUCUGACGCUCUGUGUAAUUUUGUUGUGAACGUAAAAAAGUGUUCAACUUGAAAAAAUAAUGGUAAGUUUCAUCGAAUGUUGUAAUUUUAUUGCAAUUAAAUUGGUUUUUCCAACUUUUAAGAAUUCAUCGAUGCUAUUGUUGCUGGUGAUCUUAUUGAUCACAAGCUAUAAUGAUCAAGCGAAUGGACAAAAGGCUGCUAUGACUAUGGCCAACAAUUUUUUCAAUCGUACAACGUAUCCAUUGAUCAAUGGAAUAUCAAACUUAUUUACAUUUUAUCAGGCAUAUCGACCAUGUCAAACUGAAUUCAAUACGACCGGAACUUGCCUGGCUCGAUCCGAUUGUCUUGCUAGAAAUGGUAUGGCUGCCGGAGCCUGUGUAGCCGGCGUUACCGUUUGUUGCGAUCUUAAAUUUACAUGUGGUGGCCGUACUGAUAAAAAUGAAACCAUAUUUGUCAAUCAAAUGUAUCCAAUGGCCGACAAUAUGACCAAUACGUGUCAGAUAACGAUCGAAAAACAACCUAACGUUUGUCAAUUACGUUUGGAUUUUGAUGAAUUCACUUUAGCACAACCGGAUGAAAAUGGUCAAUGUACCACAGAUUCAUUUAUGAUUCGAACUUCAGUUGGUGAACGUUUACCAAUAUUAUGUGGAGAAAAUCCUGGACAACAUCUCUACAUCGAUGUUGGUAGUGGUUUUAUCAAUUCAAAUCCAGUUGUAUUGUCUGUCGUAACUAAUGGCGCCAUUGGAGGCGAUCUAGAACGUAGAUGGCGAAUCAAAAUCAAUAUGGUUCCAUGUGAUUCGUUGAAUAUGGCACCAUCAGGUUGUUUGCAAUACUUUAGAUCGCCAUCUGGAAUGGUUCAAAGUUUUAAUUAUGGUCCAUCGAUUGUUAAUAAAGCCAGAUAUUUGUCCAAUCUUCGUUAUACGGCUUGCAUCCGAACUGAAGAGAAUUUUUGCGGAAUCAAAUGGCGAACUGAACAGCCAAAUUCUUUUUCAUGGGGAUGGCCAAUUAACCGUUCUGGUCAAAUACGUGAAAAUUCCACCGCGUUAACAUUCGCUGGUGGCCACUGUAAUAGUGAUGAUUAUGUUGGCAUCGAUCAAGCCACUUAUGAGGAUAAUAACCCAUUUGCAUUGGAUGAAGAUCGCUUUUGUGGUCUUGGAUUAAUGGAUCAUGGCCAAGUAUUCUCUCGUUCAAAGCCAUUCCAGUUGAAAGUUCGAUCAAACAAUGAUCAUCGAUUGAAUGGCCAACAAUCUCAACAGGGUUUUAGUUUGCAUUUUACUCAAUUACCUUGUGUGCUUUGAAAAUGGUAACAAACAAGCAUUGAUUGUUUAUUCUAUCAUUUUAAAAAUUUUUAUAAUUCAAUAAAAACACAACAUUCAUUUUUAA